AUGAGUGCUUAUAUUCCUACUGAGUCCACCGAGGAUUGGAUAAGGGCUGCAAUUCAGAGGCUAGCUGAUGAAGACAUUUUAUCCAACAGAUAUUCAGUCACCCCGGUCGCCGCUUUGGAGGGGUUGCUAUUGCCGCAAAUCAAUACUGAACAGCGAGAGGCUCACAUGUAUGUCCUUGGAUAUGACGUGGGGGGUUAUAGCCCAGCCAAGGAAAUCGACAUUUACAAUAUGCACAAAAAGUUGGCAAAGAAAUAUCAAGAAAUUAGCAGAAAGACUGAAACAGAUGAAGACGUGUUGAGUGGGCUUCGGAGCGAUGAAGAAAACAAAGGAAGCCAAAAGUUCUUAGAAUAUCUGUUUGACCUUGGCCCUGGAGGUUCUACUGUUUUGCACGUCAUCCUGGAACCCAAUACUUAUGAAGGCGAUGUUUUCCAGCUCGAUCCGGUAAAGCCUCUCAUCCGCUUCUUUCUACGCCUUUACCCAGAUCUACCCACAACAACCAAUUAUAAGUAUCAACCGCCGAUAUAUCUGUCCUUACGAAGUACAGGAGCCGUUAGGUUCACGCCAAAUGUCAAGGAAGAUAUUAUCCGCUUUCUAUGUGAAGAGCAGGAUGAGGGACUAGGGUCCGAAGCGGCUAUUAAGUCUCUAGCACAGAUGGUUAACGACUCCAGUGACCCCUUAGACAGAUGCCACGCGAUUCACAAGAUUAUCGAGAGCGCAAAUUUUGAGAUAUCUGAGGCAGUAAUGAGAGAAUUGAGUAAGACCAUGACAUCAAGAGAGCUGUACAAUCGAAUCGACACGAAUUGUUUCGAGGCACGCGACGUUGAGAUGUACCCUGAUCUACUCAAGCUUGUGUCAACCAUAAAGGAAACAUACAGCAAUCAGGAGCAGCAGGUUACACCGCUGCAGUAUUUCGCGAAGCAAAGGUUUUCAGCGGCACAAUUUGACAGAGGAGGAGAAGACAAAGAAGUCUCUUCGAGUCUUGCGGACUUAGAAUCACACUUGAGGUGCCAGUGUUUGGUAAAGUUUGAUUAUAGCACCUGCAUGAGAAUCAUGUUUGAUAAAGAAAGCGCAAGGCAAAUUUUCCUUACACUUGACGAUGACAUCGUCUCUGGUGAAUUUCUCGAGUCUCAAAAGUUACACUACAAGCUAGAUACGACGUUGAAGAGAGUGCACAUAUCCAACAGCGUUUCCUUUCAAUGGGAUGAACUAAGCUUGGGGGCUCUCAAGACUGCAACACGCUGGAAAUGCGCCGGUAACUUCGAUCUCUUUAUGGUCUUUUAUUGGCUUAAAUACAACAUCGGUGUCAAAAAGAUACUCGAGGUGGUUGUUGACGACGGAGCCGGACAGGAGGAGAGCACGGGUGAUGUCUCAGAGAUUAAAAAAAAGCCACACAGCGACCAAGCCAUUAUCGAAUGCCUCAAACACCUAUCUGUCGAAACUCUGGAUUGGAAGCGAAUGGAUAUCCCUGCGGAAGUAAUCAUUGAGGGGGCAGGAAAAGAUAUUAAACGCCUACAUUUAUACUGCAGUGGCUCUCAGGCCGUGCUGCAAAGCUGGGCAGAUUCAAAUGGCCUCUCCAAACUUCAGAAUGGUCUAGAGUCAUUCUACUGGGCGAAUGAACACGCGGAAAAGCUUCAAACAGAUUUGAAAAGAAAAUUUGAGGAAUUAAACCCUGGGAAAAAAUCGCCGGUUGUCGAUUAUAGAAUUAUCAGACCCAAGAAAGCGCUUGAUAAAUCUGCUUCAUCGGAGGUUAUAAAUCAGGACGAACGGAAAUUUGAAGAGCAAGAUUGGCUGAAGUGUAUGGAUGAAUUUGCCGACAUCAUGGAGGUAGUCGAGCAGCAGCCCGACUUCCUCAGCAUAGGUAUCCAAAAGUCAACACACCCGAUCAGGGUCGCGCUGAUCGACGACGGAGUCAAGACGAGCUACGCGGGGCUGGACAACAAUAUUUCCACAGGCAAAUCAAGUUGGAAACGGCCUGAUUCUAAAAACACCCGAACAGGAAAUACCCAGUGGGAACAAUUUCGAAGCUACAACAGCUCCCACACUGGGCAUGGGACCGUCAUGGCCUACUAUAUCAAGCGAGUUUGCCCAAGGGUCAGUCUCUACGUAGCAAAACUCGAUUGUAAACCUCACCGAGGUGGUGUCAGUGGCUAUAGCGCGAAUGUCACCUUCUCUAUCGAUUCAGUUGCCCAGGCGAUCGAGUGGGCUGUGGAACAAGAGGUCGACAUCAUAUCCAUGAGCUGGGCCAUCGAGAAGAGCAAUACACUGCCCUACAGGCCGCUGUGUGAUGCGAUUCAAAAGGCUGUGGAAAAGAAAAUCAUCCUUUUCUGCGCAAAUCCUGAUAGAGGCACGGGCUACACAGUUAAUGAUACAUACCCGUGGUCGCUGGACCAAGUUCACAUCAUCUGCGUCGGCGCUGCUACUCAGAGCGGCGUCCCCUGGAAUCAGAUCGAUGCCAACGAUAAAUCAUGCCAAUACCUCCUUCCCGGCGUCGAGCUCGGCAUCCAGGUUGAGACGAAGCGACGCAGGAAUCCGGACGGGCCCCCCCCGAGAAUGCGGGAGCUCGUUGUCGUGCGCUCUUGCAACCGGGUUAGCGGCUAUGAUAUUGCAUUGCUCCUUGGUCACUGGAGUUGCGACAUUCGGCAGCCCGAAAUGGGAGUGGCUGCGGUCCCACGACGGCAUAUGCAGUUUUUCGGGCCGGCGGUGAACAAUCCGAAUGAGGAUAGCGACACAAAGGUGCAAGCGAUCCAGAGCCUGAUCAAAGACAUCUUCCAAGGAAUGCCAUCCCACUAG